AUGGUUGGGACCUCAGCCUCCUCGCUCUCCUCCUGCGCUUCCUUGGACGACGUCUCAGUCGUGCCCACGGAACCCGUGAAGCUCCUCUGUAGCUACGGCGGCAAGAUUCUCCCACGUCGUCCCGACGGCAGGCUCCGCUACGUGGGCGGGCACACCCGCGUCCUCGCCGUCCGCAGAUCCAUCUCCUUCUCAGAGCUGCAGGUGAAGCUGAGGGAGUUGUGCGGGUGGGGCGCGGUGAGCCUCCGUUGCCAGCUGCCAACGGAGGACAUGGACGCCCUGGUCUCCGUCACCUCCGACGAGGACCUCGCCAACCUCGUCGAGGAAUACGACCUAGCGAGCCGAGACCGCCGGUCUUCCCCUCUAAAAAUCCGAGCCUUCCUUUUCCUCCUCCGUGCCUCAGAACCUUCUUGCAGAAGUCCCGUCGAUCCGGUCGCAGCCGCCGAGCGUUGCGUCCGCCAGGCCUCUAUGCGGGAGAAGUUGCAUAGCUGGUGCGAGAAGCCCGACGCAUCUGCCGCCGCCGCCGGAGAUCUUCGAGUGCACGGCCACCAACACUACCAUCAUGGCCACGGCACCCCGAGGCCAUGCAACCAUCUCGUGCACCACGGAAGACACUGGCAAUGAUGAGAUGUCACGUUUGAUAUCUUCUUCUUCCUUCCUGCGCAACAUCUUUAGUGCUUCGAUUCUUCUUCCUCGUGCGUGGCACUUGUUAUUCAAAACACAGAUUUAAUCUUAUUAAAAGAAAAAAAAAGGGAACAUCGGAGAAAAUCUUAGUAAUA